ACCUCCCUGCCUACUCUGCUGUGUUGGGUACCUUGAUCUCGCCUUUGCUGUUGCCUUUGUUUUUGUACGUCUGGCUGUCUGCCCAUCUGCCGCCUUUUUGUCCUGUUUGCUCCGUUACUCCCAUGCCCUGGUGCGUAGUGCCUGGUGCUAGCACGUUACCCUUUGAUUUUUUCUUUGGGCGGGUGUGGGAAGCGUCCUCCUUUGUUUUCGUUAUAUUUUGAUCAGUGUCCGAGGGAUCUUUUCUCGAACGGUCGGUGCGAUACCUGUUAUUUUCUUUCUACCAUUUUGUUUUCUUUUUCCGAGUGGAAAAAAACGGAAAAUAAUUGACAACACAAGGGAUUUUUGUCCGUGAGCCACGGUGCGAUGCCGUCCGCAUGCUCCUGUUCCGCUGCUCCGGUGCCGCUGCUCCGGUGCCGCUUCUCCGGUGUCGCUGUGGCCAGUCCUAGUACGACCAAACUCGACCCGCUCCGCUUCGUACACGCUCUCGUUGCUGUCCUUCCCAGUCGGUUCCUCGCUUUCUCCCUCGUUACACUUAGGGUUCUUGGUCUGAAAAUUCAAGCGCCGAAGGGUCGACCAGCCCAAUCACCUCGUCACCACCUUUCCCCUCCUCCUUUGAUGGCAAAGCUAAGUUACUGAGACAGUACAGCUCCCUCUAGCAAACCUAGGGCCGUGUACAGAAUGCCCGUCCACCUUUCUGAUGGCGUCUGCCUCCCCGCACGAAGAUGAGAUGGGCAUUGCUGCCUACAUCGACGGCCUGGAGCCAGACGGGCGGCUUCCGAAACGGCUGAUGUUCGGCGAGUUGGUGGGAGGGGAGAACCCGGGCCGGGGAAGCCCGGAGCAGAACUGGCUGAUAUGCCUGAAGGACGACCUGAAGAUGUUCGAAGCCAGACACGGCUCCACGCCCGACAAGCGGAGCUUCUUCGGAAUCCCGAAGCCAGACUGGGACGAUGCGGAGGAGGUGGAGGGGGGGGUACCGUGGCACGCGGGGGUGCUACAGGGAGCUGAGAGGUUUAUGGCCUCUUGGCACAAGGGCGAGGAGAAGGCCAGCCGACAACGAGCCAUCAAACGAGGAGACAGCGGGCCCAAAAAUAGUCUAGAUACGGCACCAAUCAACGGGGCAGGAGGGGGGCGGGAGGAAACGGCGCGGGAAGAAAGCAAGCGAGAAGAGACCGACCGCGUGACGUGAUGCGAAGGUGUACCGACUCAGAAUUUACCCUCAACUGGGAACCUCUUGUGGCCAUGAUGGGUAAUUCGAUGGAAGUGUCACAUCGUUCUUUGUAGGAUCGACUCCAAAAGGUGUUCUCAGGACUGACACACAUUGUGUCCACGGGAAAAUAUCCAAGUCAGGAGAAAAAGUGUGCACCCAAGGAGAUUCGAACCAGUAUCCUGCCGCUGACGCCAUAUGCGAAGGUGUACCGAUU